AUAUAGAAAGUUGUAUAUUUUAGAUUGCUGAAAGCUGAUAAGUUUGCGUACAGAAUAACAUUGUAAACAUCAUGGUCGCUGAAAAAGGUGGAAACUCGAAGCACUUGAGACAGGACUCGAAGGACCCGGAAGCGGCCGAGAAUGACGUGGUGAGGGUUUAUGGAAUGAAGUUCUGUCCAUUUACUCAUCGCUUGAAACUUGUUCUUGCUGCAAAAGGCGUCGACUAUGAAAUAAUAAACAUCAAUCUGCAAAGUAAACCGAGCUGGUAUUUUAAACGGGAUCCCGAAGGAAAAAUUCCGACGCUCGAACAGAAUGGUAAUUUGGUAAUGGGAUCGGACGUGGCAUCAGCAUACGUGGAUGCUAUGUACCCUGGAAAACAGCUUGUUACCACUGACCCACUAAAAGCUGCGCAUGAGAAGAUGCUGCUUGAACAAUGGGCGAAAUCAAUUACUGGUUACCAUAACUAUGCCUUUGGGAAAGACGACAACAACGACAAGAUUAUUGGACCCAUGAAAGUGAAGGAAGGGUUUGAGAAGGUGGAGAAAUAUCUAAAGGAGAAUGAAGGGCCGUUUAUCUGCGGGUCGGAGCCUGGAUUAACAGAUUACAUAUUAUACCCACAUUUGGAAAGGAUUGGUGCCCUGAUUCCACUAGUUAUCACCCAGUUUGACCAUGUGAAAGCUUACUACGAUAAGAUGCAGGAUGAUCCAGCAGUACAGGCUUGCCGUAUUUCGGACGAGCAGCACCGAGAUUUCAUUCACAGAGCUUGUGCUGGCGACAUUGACGCGUGCGAUAUCGGGGUUGGGAAAUAGACGCACGUCUGAAAAGCAUUCUGUACAAAAUCUUGUAUAUAAUAAUUAUAUCACUAAAUGUAUAUAGUAUGUUGGGAGAAGAUGAGACACCGUUUCAUUCUAUUUUCUCGUCCCAUUUGGUAGAAAACAAAAAAUCAAGAAUUUUAAACCUGUAUCCUAGCGACUUUCAUAGACUGUUAUUAAUUGUUUAAAACUCGGUCAACAUGUUUGAAUAUUAUUUACUAAACGUGUCCCGUUUUUCCCCACCCUACUAUGCAUGCGUAAUCUGUAAACGUACCGUGAACUCAUAUUAUUCAGGUUUUGGUAUGUGCAAAGCUAAGAUGGUAGAAUGUCAUUCUGGUUGCAAUCUUAUUACUAAAAGUGUAAUAUCAAUAAUUGCGAAGUGCGCCAAUAAACCAAAUGCCGAAACACU